AUGAAACUCUCGAUCAGUAAAUACUUUGCAUGUUCAAUGAGUCAUAGAGAUGACGAUUUCUUUGAACUACAAAAUAAUACUACAACAACAACAACAACAACAAUACCGUCACAUCCAGGUUACAACGAUCGUCAGAUCGGAAAUGAGAAUCAUCCGCAAAACUUCUUUGAACAACAAUCUGAAUGUGGUCAAAUGAAUGAUCAUCAUCAUCAUCACUCUAAUCAAGAAUCCACACACAUGCAAAAGAAAAACGAUGAGGAAAUUAUUUUCGGGAUAUUCCAACAAAUUCCACUUGAAAUCAUUGAAUCUCAUAUUUUUCAAUAUUUGGAAUUUACAUGGUUGCAUCGAGUGGCAUAUUCAGUCUGUAAAGAAUGGAUGCAAGUUAUUCGAAAUUCAACACGAUCAAGUAUUCGAUUUUUAUUCGACUCUCAAGCAUGUGUCGAGAGUUUCGUUGCUGCGUGUCGUCAUGGAAGAUUUUCCAAUGUGACAUCUUUUGUGUUGGGUGGAAAACUACUAGGUCAAUAUUUACCAGAAAUUGUCAAUUGUGAUUGUCUAAAUUCACUAAAAGAGUUGGAUUUGGGAUAUAGCAUUGGACUUCGUGGAGGAUAUCUGAUUGCAACUAGUGUGGUCAUGAAACAACUUGAAAAGAUUGAUUUUACUGGAAAUUGUAUACACGAUGAAGGAAUAACUGUACUUGCAAAAUCUGAACACUCCUUAAAUCUGCAAAGCUUGUGUGCUCGUGACAAUGGUAUUCGAGGAGGUAUCAUACCUCUCUCUCAAGGAAAUUUAAGAAAUUUGACCUUUCUUGAUUUGAGCGGAAAUAAUCUUUUUUCGAACGAUACACUCAAACAUUUCUGUCACAGUAAUUUAACCAAUCUCAAGACAUUGUAUUUACAACGAUGCUCUCUUACAAAGGAUCUAGCAAGAACCUUUGCCGGUGCCAUUUUCCCAAGCUUGACUGAUUUGGAUCUCGAGCAAAAUUGGUUACAGAACGAGGGAGCUCUCUCCAUUUCAAAAGGAGAAACAUUCAAAAAGCUCAUCCGAUUGAAUGUGAUGCAAAAUCGUAUCAACAGAAAAACUGCAGAAAUUGUGUAUUGCAAUAUUGUCACACUUAUCGAGUUCCAUUGGCAAUAA